CCACCCAUCCCCAGGGAGCUGAAGGGCCCCUCAGCCCAUUUGGGCACUACAAGGAGGGGCAGGAGGGCGCUGGAGGAAGCCAGCCCAGAGUCGCCCCAGGAGAAGGGCUCAGGCGCUCUGCCCUUCUCCUCGCUCUCAGGAAAGGCGGGAAGAAAGGAACGAAGAACCCCCAGGAUGACACUAAACACCCAGCAGGAGGCCAAGACGCCCCUGCGCCGCCGAGCCAGCACGCCACUGCAUCUGUCCCCGCGGGCCCACCAGCCUGGCCUCCUGUGGCCCGAGCCCUCUGCGAAAUCCCAGCAUGCACCGCUGGGACAGUCCGUCUCCCUCAACCCCCCUGCUCGGACCCCUUCGCCGGGGCCCAGCAGUUGGUCCUCGGAAUCCAGCGACUCAGACGCUUCCUGGGAGGCCUUCUACCGCGUGGUGCUGCUCGGCGACCCUGGGGUCGGGAAGACCAGCCUGGCCAGCCUCUUUGCCGAGAAGCAAGAUCGGGACCUGCAGGAACAGCUGGGAGAAAACGUCUACGAGAGGACCCUCACAGUGGAUGGGGAGGACACCACGCUGGUGGUUGUGGACACCUGGGAGGCUGAAAACCUGGGUGACAGCUGGAGCCACGAGUUGUGCCUGCAGGUGGGCAGCGCCUAUGUCAUCGUGUACUCCAUCGCCGACCGGGGCAGCUUCGAGAGCGCCUCCGAGCUCCGCAUUCAGCUGCGGCGCACGCACCAGGCAGACCACGUGCCCAUCAUCCUUGUGGGCAACAAAGCAGAUCUGGCGCGCUGUCGGGAAGUCUCUGUGGAAGAGGGCCGCGCCUGCGCCGUGGUGUUCGACUGCAAGUUCAUCGAGACGUCAGCCGCGCUGCAGCACAACGUGGCCGAGCUCUUCGAGGGCGUGGUGCGGCAACUGCGCCUGCGCCGCCGCGGCAGCUCCACUCCCGAGCCCGCCGCGCCCCGACGGCGGGCCAGUCUCGGCCAGCGCGCCCGCCGCUUCCUGGCCCGGCUGACCGCCCGCGGCGCCCGGCGCCGGGCACUCAAGGCCCGCUCCAAGUCCUGCCACAACCUGGCCGUGCUCUGAGCCCGACCGAGACACGGGGCGCAUCCUGGGCUCCGUAGAGGCCUUCAGGACCCAAAAGCGUGGUGGCACGGAGACUCCUCGUGGGCCUGCGCCGUUCUUGCAACCUCAGGGACGACCCCUGAAUGGAGAGCGAUUGGACAGAGGAGGGCACCGAAGCCCCAGGUGGAGCACAGAGUAGGGGGUUUCGUUUUGGUUCGUCUUAACGUGGUGGGUAGCUUUUGUAGAAAUCUUGCUUCUCCGUGGAUUCUUUCUCACCUUCAGAAACCUCCACCAUAAAUCAGAACCCAAGGACAGCCCUGACUGACUGCCCAAGGAACUCCUAGGGCAUCUCCACCCCCUGACCUCUCACCCCCCUUUUCACUGGCUGCAGGCAGGUUUGGCCAGCGCUCUGAAUGUCAGGUUCAGUCAAUAAAGUAAUUAGACCCAU